AUGGUUGAUUAUGAGAUUUAUACCAUUGGAUGGAUCUGCGCGAUUAGAGCAGAACUUGUCGCUGCUCAAGAACUUCUUGAUGAAGAGCUGAUGGAGCCUGUCCCAACACCAGAAAAUGACAACAACAACUACACUCUCGGGAAGAUCGGAGAGCACCACGUUGUUAUCGCCGGGUUGCCUCGUGGGCAAUAUGGAGUGACCAGUGCCGCCAACGCUGCAAGGGAUAUGGUCCGCACCUUUCCUAACAUUAGGAUUGGCUUCAUGGUGGGCAUCGGUGGAGGUAUUCCGACACAUCAUGAUAUCCGCCUUGGCGAUGUCGUUAUUGGUGCACCGGCAUACUGUAGUGGCGGCCUGAUACAGUACGAUUUUGGGAAAACAAUUCAAGACAAAGGCAUCAACCUUAUGGGCUCACUGAACCAGCCACCUAUCUCCGUUUUGACAGCCAUUACCAAGCUUUCCGCGUAUCAUGUCAGAAAAGGACACAACUUGACCCAGAGUGUCGAAGAUGUGUUGUCAAAGAACCCCAAUCUGGUUGAUGAAGGUUUCCAGCGACCGCAUGACAACACAGACAAGCUGUACGAGUCUACAUUCAUCCACCCUCGGGCCGGGGCAAAAUGCUCGGAUGUAUGUCCUGAUUCAAAUCUAAAGCCACGAGACCCGCGUACCAAGGGCCAGGGAAAACCGAAGAUCCACUAUGGUCUGAUAGCAUCCGGUAAUCAGUUGAUGGAGGAUGCCAUUGCUAGGGACGAGCUCGCUGAGAGUGAGCAUGUGCUAUGUUUUGAGAUGGAAGCUGCUGGCUUGGCUAACCAUUUCCCUUGCGUGGUUAUCAGAGGUAUAUGCGACUAUUCCGACUCUCAUCGAGGUCGUGAAUGGCAAGGCUAUGCAGCACUCGUAGCUGCGACGUAUGCGAAACAGCUUCUUCUACAGAUUCCGCCUCAAAAGAUCAAAGAAGAGAAGAGGAUGAAGGAUAUUCUGAUGGACGAACUUGAUAAGAGAUUCGAGCCUGUGAUUAGGACCAAAGAAAUUGUUGAAACAUUAGAUAUAAGGGGAAAGAGGGAAGAUGACCUGAAGAUCCUUGACUGGCUCAAUACGGUUGAUUACUCUUCUGAGCAGCAUGGGUUCUUACAACCCGACCAACGUCAACCAGGAACAGGUCAGCAAUUUUUAAGUUCUGGAAGUUUCCAAACCUGGAUGAAAACUAAGAACUCACUUCUUUUUUGUUCUGGUAUGCCUGGGGCAGGCAAAACAAUCACCACAGCCAUGGCCAUUGAAUAUCUCCAAUCGAAGUUCAAAGAUGACCAUACUGUCGGCUUGGCAUACAUCUACUGUAGUUACCAAAAGCGGGACCAGCAAAAACCCCGGGAUUUAUUCACAAGCCUCCUCAAACAACUCGCCCUACAUCAACUAUGUUUACCAAAGGCUAUACACGAACUCUAUGAGAAGAAUCAUAACGGAAGGGACAGACCGAAGUUUGAAGACAUCGUUGAGAGUCUCUGCGAAACUAUUGAUUCAUUUUCGACGACAUUCAUCAUCAUCGAUGCGUUAGAUGAGCAUGACUCAUGGGACACAUUCCUUAAUAAUAUUAUUACACUACGAAAGCGAACAACGGCGAAUAUAUUCCUCACUUCACGCCCCAAGCCAAGCCUAUCAAGCAAACUCGGAGAGGUCUUCAUACAUGAUAUCCAAGCACAUGACCAGGACGUGAACUUAUACAUUGAUCAAAGGAUCUCGCAGAUGAUGGUUCUUAGCGAACAAAACACAGAGUUGACAAAGGGGGUGAAAGACGAGUUCCGCAAAUUGAUCAGGUACAAACUGAGUAAGGCCGUUAAUGGAGUGUUUCUCCUUGCCCGAAUUUACCUCGAUAAUCUUAGGGAAGAAACCACUCUUAGAGGCAUUUCGGUCUUUCUGGAAAAUCUACCCACUGGUCUCGGAGCUUAUUCGGACGCAUACGAGAAGACCAUCCGUAGAAUCAGAAAUCAAGGACAGAAACAUCGAUGUUUGGCUCUCAAAGCACUGUCAUGGCUGACAUUCGCAAUAAGACCUCUUUCAAAACAAGAAUUUCGACAUGCACUCAGUGUGGAAAACGAGAUGCUGGAGCUCAGAGACGAGGACCUGCAAAGCACAAACAUAAUCCUCCAUGUCUGUAUGGACCUUGUCAAGAUCGAUGAAUGGCAAAGUAACGUCAGCUUACUUCAUUUUACCACGAUGGAAUACCUGAAGGCAAAUCCAAAUUGCCUAUUGUCUUUGGAAUCUCCAAAUGACACCGGAUUUAUUCAAAAUCCAUCAGACUCAGAGUCAGAGCGAACUGCUGCCAGAGAAUACUACGAGAUGAAGAUUGCCAGAACUUGCGUAACAUACCUCUUAUUCAAGGACUUCAACAGCGGACAAUGUGAGGACAGUAUGGGACGACCUCAAUAUGCGCCCUUUCGCAUUGACCGCAAGUCACACGCGCCAAACGAAGCCAGGCUCAGUGCGCUAGAAACGCGACUUGCCCAGCAUCCGCUAUACUAUUAUGCAGCGACAAAUUGGGCAUAUCAUGCUCGUCAAGGUAGACCGUUCAACAAAGUUUUUGACUUUCUGAAAAGUGAACCUCAUACGAGCGCGUCAAGUCAGUGCCUAAGUUUGGAAUUCAGCUUUAGACGCAGUCCAUCGCGGCGCCCUCAAAGGUUAGGCCAUGUGACUGGUCUCCAUUUAACCGCAUUCUUUGGACUCAAGAGAGAAGCCGCGUCCCUACUCAGCAGUGGGAUGGAACCAGAUGUCAAAGAUCAAUGCAACCAGACACCGCUACUAUAUGCAUCUGCAUUAGGGCAUGCUGAUGUAGUGGAUGAGCUUCUGAACUAUGAAGUUGAUCCAGAGGCAAAGAGCGUUUGGAAGCGCCCCGGUCUACCGCGAACAGCACUAUCACUCGCAGCGAAGAACGGUCACGUAGGAGUUGUGAAAUUACUACUCAAAAAAGGAGGUGCCAGGCCUGACGCAAAACCGUCGUUGGUAGAAAGCCAUUUGGAGCGGACUCCGCUCUCCUUCGCUUCAGAAGCUGGACAUCAGGAUGUGGUCAAUAUACUGGUAGGGCUCCAAGGAGUAGACCUGAAUUGUAAGGAUGAUCAUUCUCGGACACCGUUACAUUUUGCGGCCCUGGCAGGUUACAAGUCUAUCAUAAACUCACUCCUGGCAACAGAAGGUGUGAAUCCUAAUUCAAGAGAUGAUGCCGGCCAGUCCCCAUUAAAUAUUGUUGCAAAGUCUCGGGACGAAGCCGUUGUCAAAUUAUUUUUAGCAAAGGACGGCGUGGAUCCCGACUGCAGAGAUAAAUUAGGGAGGGCACCAUUGCAUAUUGCGGUAUUGGCUGGUGAUUACGCUAUUUCAAAACUAUUGAUUGCCACGAAAAUGGUGGACCCUGACUCUUCCGAUGGCCAAGGCAUGACACCCCUGGCUCGAGCAGCUCAAACAGGAAGUGAGGCUAUUGUGACGCUGCUUCUUGCAACAAAUCGAGUACAGCCGGAUGUUGGAGAAUACAGACUUCCAAGCCUUUUCCCAAGCAUCUUUAGACAGCAAAACAAACCACAACAAGCCCAAUCUCUGGACGAGAUUAUCAAAGCAAUGGUAGUCAAUGGACGUGUGAACACGAACUCUAAAGACACCAGGGGGUGGACACCACUAUUCCACGCCGCAGUGGGAUGCUAUAAAUCAAUUGUCAAGUUACUGCUUUCUCAAACUGGGGUAGAACCUAACGCUCAAGAUCUUCAAGGGCGAACAGUAGUCAGCCAUGCAGUGAGCCGUGGUCAUGGGAUUCUUGAGCUACUUCUUUCUUACCAGGCAAUCCAGCCCGAUCUAGAGGAUAGGACUGGGCGCACACCUCUAUCAUAUGCAGCAGAAUGCAGGGAUACAUUGGCAGUUGAGGUGUUGCUGAAUAAUCCAGGAGUAAAUCCGAACAGAAUGGAUACUUCUGGCCGCACACCUGUUUUCUAUGCAGCAAGUAUAGGUGGCCUCGAAGUUUUGAAACUUUUCCUUUCCGAUGCCCGUGUGAAGGUGGACUCUCAAGAUACUUGUGGUCGAACGGUACUAUCAUACUUAGCAGAAAGGACACAAGUACUUCUUGAAAGUCUAGUGUGGAGAAAAAAUGAUAAUAGGCUUCGCAAAUAUCCCAUUCUAUACGGUUUGGAGGCAGACAUAGUCGAGCUGGACGAAUUGCGGAGAUUAAUGAGGGAAUUGCUUGUAGACAGGGACGCGGAUCUUUUCUCAUGGGACAGACGAGGACUAACACCUGCUGACCUGAUGCCAGAACUAUUAUCAUAUGAGCGAAAAAGACCGCUGGAGCAAAGGCGAAAGGAGGGAAAGGCUAUAGCGAAAUAG